CCAAGUUAAACCCACAGUGGAUGGUGCUAAGUUUGGCGAGACCUAUCUGCCACCACCACGAGGCUUAUCUGGUGGAGCGAUAGACGUACGGCGGCGGAGUGCGGGAGGAACGUUUCCACCUUCCAUUUGACGUUGGCUCAGCCGUCGGCCCCCCCUGAACGGGCGUGUGUCAACCCACGACUCGACGGAACGAGGGCUGAUGGAAAAGGCUCAAUGGCUGAUGGAAUCGAAGGGCUGCUACUGCUGCCAAUACGCCCCCGCCUCCUUGCAUGUUCCAGUGCGUUGUGUGAGCAUUGCUCCUCCCUGAUCGGUGUUGCUGAAGUCGAUGGUGGAGCCACUGGUGGAUGCACGUCGGACGUGCCCCUGACAGGCUUCCGUCUGAAUAUUGUGGGCUCUUCCUGUUUGGGAUGCGGAUGUCGCAAUUCUUGUCACUCCUGGUUGUGUGGAGCCCUCAAUAAGACACCGCACAGGCCAUGUGUGCCUCAGGCAGCCCGACCCCUUUUACAGGCGACGUGGCCAAAAGAUAAAAGCACGUCCUGGCCCCAACGUCUGACAGCGUCUCCCCAGCAGACCACCCUCUUUUCCAAAAAAGACACUCUGUCCUUUUGACCACGCAACGCAGCCAUCCAGCUCCACCGCAGCCUUGAGUCACGAACAAGGCUUCCACUUUCUGAUGGCCUCGUCAUUACACGCAAUGCGUAAUCCUUAGCAAUUUCCUUCUUUGACAUAUUUGUAUUGAGGCUUCAGGACGGCACCUCCUUACAGUCAACUCUUUCUGUUACCACCCGCUUCUUUGUCAAAUUCGGCUCCACCGAUUGACAAAGCAUACGACGCGACAUAAUCCUACAGAAACAACACGACAAACCUACAAGUCCUCCUUCGUGGUGCAAAUACCCAGAUACCCAUCCCCACCAGCAAUUCAAAAUGGAGUCCUGGUCCACCGCCCACACCCAGACGCACACCCCGUCGCCGACAAUCAAGUUUGAGAACUCGCCAAACGAUUCUCUCCUGUCGACCCCUGGCGAGAUGUACCCUUCGCUCUUUGGCGCCGAGUCAUCCCCCGCUCCUUCCGUUAUGGCGGACCCGACAUCCGAUGUCGCGAUGCUGGCCAGCCUCGCCGCUCUCACCCAAGCCAACACACAGUCUCCGACGCCCGUGACCCCUUCCUCGACUGCCGGCACCCCAGAGCCAGAGAAGAAACCGGUCAAGAAGAGGAAAUCAUGGGGUCAGGUGCUGCCAGAGCCCAAGACCAACCUCCCACCAAGGAAACGUGCCAAGACUGAAGAUGAGAAGGAGCAGCGCCGCGUGGAGCGCGUCCUACGCAACCGUCGCGCGGCCCAGUCCUCUCGGGAGCGCAAGCGCUUGGAGGUGGAGGGUCUUGAGAAGCGCAACCAGGAGUUGGAGGCCGCUCUCGCCAAGGCCACCCAAACCAACGAGUUUCUUCUCGAACAACUCCGCAACGCCGCCAGGCUCGGUGCUGGGGCCGGGUCACCAGAGACCUUCGACGCCCUCAGACUCUCAUCGCAACUCAGCUUCUCACAACCAUUAUUCGGCUCACAAGAUGGGCACAGCACUCUGGCCAAGCCAGAUUCCCUCUCAACACUUCACAACACACAAAACAACACUACCGUUGACCCAGCGGCCCUGACGCCUAUUUCCGAGGUUGAUGAAGAGCACGAGCUCUCAGCGACGGUCUCAACGCCUGUUGCGGACUCUGCCCCCGUGGUGAACGCUUCCCCCGAUGCGACACAACAUCCUGCUGAGAUGUUGUGCCAAGACCUGCAGUGUCGGUCGGCGGAAGCACCACCAUCGGCGUGGUUGGAGAACUCGCAACAACAGUUGCGCCCAGCGCUGGCUCUCUUCUUACAGCUCCAAUUCCUUCUCACUUCGACCUCGGCCCUGAUUUCUCUCUGUCAGAGGCCUUUGAUGCAGAUCGCUAUGUCCUUGAAAGCGGGCUUCUCUCUUCCCCCGGUUCCAGCACUUUUGACUACGAUCAUCUGGCUGGUGACGACACCGAAGCCUUCCCGUUCCAGGUCAACAACCUCGACUUUGACUUCAAUGACUUCCUCUCCGACGACGCCAACCUCGCCCCCAGCCACGAGCAGCAGCCGCAGCAACCUACCUCCUGCGCGGUCGCAGACUCGUCCCUCCUCCCUGAGACUGAGACUUCUUCGGAAGAUCCUUACCUGCAGCCCCAGUCUGGCGCGUCCCUUAAUGGAUGCGACGAUGGCGGCCUUGCGGUUGGUGUCCUCUGAUGGAUUCACAGUUGACCGGGUUAAGGCAGGCGACGCUUCGGCGGCGGCAGCAGCUGACGGAAAGGAGCAGCAGCAGCAGCAAAGCGGUAGGCCAGCUACAUGGCCGACAGGAGUACCACUACCGUCGAAGGAGGUCCUACUCACAUUACUGUGGGUCCUCAAGGUUGAGGAGCGGAGACUAGAAAUCCGCCAACAAGUCUCGCCCAAACUCGGAAGCAACUCGUGUGUCCCCAAGACAGUGACACCAACAAUUAAUAACCAGGCAAGACACUAUGUCUUGACCGUAGUAUCCAAGAGAAAACCGGAUUCCCUUGAGGGCGACCGGAAGCGACAUCGCUUUGAGUGACGAUUUGUAUGAAAUAUUUUGGCUUGGUCGGGUGCAUUGGGGUUCAACAAAAGGCUCACAUUAUGGUGGAGGGCUGGGACCUGGCGUUGAUUUGGGAAGCUCUGGAAGCGUAGCACGCUGCGCUCAAAUUGAGCAUGAAUUGAAUUUCACUUUCACGUG